GGUUUGUGAUGAAUAACAAGGAAGGAAACAAUUUUACAGGAAGCUAGCUAGCGAAUUGGCUGCCUUUUGUUUUUGUUUUUAGCGUGAGAGCUAGUAUAAAUCCUGAUGUUCGCGUUUUAGAUACAUUUAUUGGCCAGAUUGUAAGUAUCAUAUCAUAAGAUUGUAUUUAUUAUGCCAGUUCACGUUACUGUUUCAAUUAGGAUUGUAUACUUAGCUAGCUAACGUUAUACGUCUAAAACGAACUAGAUAGCUAACUUAUGCUGCUAACAGGCCUAGGUCGAGAUCUUAGCUCGUUCGACUGAAAAUUAUCGGUCUAUUUUUUAGUCAUUUAUCAUAUCACACCCAACAGUUGAAACGUAUUUAUUUGACAAAUAAUGUAACCAGUUGACCUUCUCUAUCGGUUUUGGUGAGCUGAUUAUUUCACAGGCGGAAGGGCGCAUUGUCAAAACAAAAGCUGUCCUUCCUUUGAGUGACAUAACAUAGAUAUACAUCAGGCACUGAGUCCUGGUUGAAAACAAAGCGGGAAUUGAAUGACAAUGUAUGCACCACCUGGUGCCACUGUCCCUGGAAGCCGGCGAAGGAGAGGGGGUACCGCACUGCCCAAGCAGCCAGAGCGAAGCCUGGCAUCUGCCCUCCCCGGAGCACUCUCCAUCACGGCUCUAUGUACGGCAUUGGCUGAACCAGCUUGGGUCCGAGUUCAUGGAGGGACGUGUCCCAGGCAGGAGCUUGGAGUGGCUGAUGUCCUGGGAUACAUUGACCCAAAACUCAUGGAGGAUUACUGCAUGAACUCCCAGACCAUCUUACUGAUAAGGGUCAUUGCUGCAUUCUGCUUCCUGGGCAUCCUGUGCAGCCUGACAGCUUUCCUGUUGGAUGUCUUUGGACCCAAGCACCCUGCCCUCAAGAUCACCCGCAGAUAUGCAUUUGCACACAUUCUCACAGUGCUGCAGUGUGCCACAGUGAUCGGGUUCUGCUACUGGGCCUCAGAGCUCAUCUUGUCACUACAGCAGCAGCACAAGAAGUACCACGGAUCCCUCAUCUACGUCACUUUUGCCAUCAGCUUUUACCUGGUGGCGGGGGCUGGUGGAGCCUCUAUUCUGGCCACAGCUGCCAACCUGCUGCGCCACUACCCCACAGAGGAGGAAGAGCAGGCUCUGGAGCUUCUCUCAGAGAUGGAGGAGAGCAGUGAAACAUAUCCUGCUGAUUAUGACAUUGCCAAUCAGUUCCAGCCGCCUCCUGCAUACGUGCCUUAAUGUUGCCAGACGGCCGCUUCUUUCUCUUACAUCCAGGCUUCUCUAUGAGUACCACUUUUGGCCUCGUAACAAACGCGUAUACAGAUAUGUGAUCCAAUAAUUGUACCAAAUGGAUAUUCUCUGCAAAUAGCUUAUUCUCCUUUCCUUUAUCAACACACUAAUGAACACACUUAUUUCUUGAUUGUGGGUGCUUGAGUGCAUGAAAGCUUCCUUUUAUGAUGGCAGAGAUUCAAUACUUGAAUCUUAUUUUCACCACUGAAGCUUUUAGUAAUUUGCAUGUAAAUGGCAUUAAGGUCUUGACCCAUACAUGUAAAGCAAGAGAAAGUGGUAAUAUAUGGGGUGUUAAUUCACUGUGUGGUUUGGGUCUACGCCUGGUUAUUGAAUGAUCAGAUAUGGGUUGAGACUCAACUUGGUAUAUGACAGUGUAUGACAGUCAUGGCUUGACAAAGGUCAAGUUUUCAACAAAGUUUUGUGGUUCCACAUUGUAGCAGUAGUAUUUGGCCCUUGGUUUGAAGCAUUAAAUACCCACUGAACAUCCAAAACUUGGUGACUUGCCUGCCAUUUGGAUAUUAUUUGACAUUUUAUCAGUUAACCUAAUAAAAGGCACCAAGAUUACACAGACACUGAAUUGUGGACAUUUAUUUUUCAAUUGAAAAUUGGUUUGUCAUGGUAGUAAAAAAAAAGUUAUUUUACAUGAUUAUGGCUAGUGAGUUAGGCACUCAUUGCUGUGAAAGUAAUUGAUGGAAAACCAUGAGAAAUGUGAAGUGUCUCAUAUUGCAAUGGAUGUUAUUCAAGAUGUUCCUAUGUUGGACAACUAGAGGAACAUUAUUUUAACAAUGUGGAAAAUGGGUAGAACGUCAUUGAAGAAUCAUCAAUCCACAAUGCAUUGGUCAUUUCAUAAAUUAAGUCAUUUCACUUAAAUAUACACAACUGAUUGACAACUCUUAAUUGUACUUUGUGAUUACUUGGCUUGAGUUAUGUGACAGUUGUGUGUUGUCUGUGCAUGAGUUCUUCCCCCUUGAUCCUUAAGAUAGUGAGAAUCUGAUUGUAAUUAUUUGGGAUGGAAUCUUACACACACAUAUCUUAACUUGUGUUCAGAUUCAGCCCUGUACUGCUUACUUUUUAAAUGUUUUUAUAAAUGUGGUUAAUAAUAUACUUUUACCAUAGGUGA